GGGCGGAAGCGCCAGAACUCCUGGGAGAGCCCAGCGACAGGCGGGCGGCCGCUGGGGGCCCCUGAGGCUUCGGGGCUAUGGCCGGGGUCGCCUGUUUGGGGAAGACUUCGGACAACGAUGACUGGUGCGACAGCGGCCUGGGCUCUCUGGGUCCGGACGCCGCGGCCCCCGGAGGACCUGGACUGGGUGCGGAGCUGGGCCCGGGACUGUCGUGGGCGCCCCUCGUCUUCGGCUACGUCACUGAGGAUGGGGACACGGCUCUCCACUUGGCUGUGAUUCACCAGCACGAGCCCUUCUUAGAUUUCCUCCUCAGCUUUGCCGCUGGCACUGAGUACAUGGACCUGCAGAAUGACCUGGGCCAGACAGCCUUGCACCUGGCAGCCAUCCUGGGGGAGGCAUCUGCGCUGGAGAAGCUGUACGCGGCAGGCGCCAGCUUGCAUGUGGCAGAGCGUGGGGGUCACACGGCACUGCACCUGACCUGUCGCACGGGGGCACAUGCCUGCGCUCGAGUGCUACUUCAGCCCCGACCCCGGGGGCCAAGGGGAUCCCCCAACACCUACCUCACUCAGAGCUCUGCCCACACCCCUGACGCCAACCACAGCCCUGUUGACUCAUACCCCCAACCGGACAUGGAGAAGGAAGAUGAGAGUGAGAGUGAGAACGAGGAGGACUGGAAACGGCAGCUGGAGGCUGAAAACUAUGAUGGCCACACCCCACUCCAUGUGGCUGUCAUCCACAAAGACGCAGAGAUGGUCAGGCUGCUCCGGGAGGCCGGAGCUGACCUUAACAAACCGGAGCCCACGUGUGGCCGGAGCCCCCUGCACUUGGCAGUUGAGGCCCAGUCAGCCGAUGUGCUUGAGCUUCUGCUGAGGGCGGGGGCCGACCCCGCCGCCCGCAUGUAUGGCGGUCGCACCCCUCUGGGCAGCGCCCUGCUCCGGCCCAACCUCACCCUUGCCCUGCUCCUCCGUGCACAUGGAGCCCCUGAGCCUGAGGAUGAGGACAAGCUGGGCCCCUCCAGCAGCAGCAGAAGCAGCAGUAGUGACAGUGACAGUGGCGAUGACAACGAGGAUGAUGAAUAUGAUGACAUCGUGGUCCACACUGGCCGGAAUCAAAGCCAGCCACCUCCCCCCGCAGCUGAGAAACCUCUCCCCGAUGACCCCAUCUGACUUCACUGUUGAUAAAGAGUUCCAGUUUAAUAAACCCCCAAUUCUGACAACCAGA